CGCCGCCAUCGGCAUCGGUGCGAAUUAACCUGACUCCAGGCCCGUUCGUGCUCGACCUCAGGCAGGGGAGCCAUGAGGGAUGAAGUGCGAAGACCAGUUGAAUGUUGCCACUAUGUGGAGCGGGGCUCUUCCAUUGCACAUGGAAUCUCUCUUCCUUCUGACUUUCUGUAGUUGUCCUGUUUCCACCAUGAGAGGAUCUGUCAGGUGCCUGACAUCUGUGCCCUCAUACUGGCGCUACUGUUGUGCUGCGUGAGCGCCCCGUCUCCUCCGGCAGUUACUGCACGGAAUGGCCUCUCUGGACCUGCCAUACCGCUGUCCUCGCUGCGGGGAGCACAAGCGCUUCCGAAGCCUGUCGUCCUUACGUGCCCACCUGGAGUACAACCACACGUACGAGACCCUCUACGUCCUCUCCAAGUCCAACAGUGUAUGUGACGCCGCUGCUCUGCUGCCCCUAGUGGCUGAGGGAGCUCUCCUCACGCCCGCCAACAACAACGACCCCUUUGAGCCGCUGCGGCCUUCAGCUUUAAAGGAGCGACGCUUCCCUUGCCGUGAACUUCCUUGUGCGGACGACCUGAGUUUGACCCCGGCCAACUCCAACAGUGCAGCUCGGUAUAUUCCCAAUGUGGAGUUUCCACUGGGGGAGAUUUUUAUGAAGAAAGCCAUGACAUCCACCGACCCAGGUCCCCAUGGAAACCCCAGCACAGCUGUAGCGGUGGCUGCUAAUGUAGCUGCUAGUGCAGUGGAGGCGGCCUAUGAGGAAGGCCUGGCCAGGCUGAAGGCGCGGGCGUUUGAACGGCUGGAGCUGGAUGAGAGGCUGGAGAAACUGUCUGAAGAGGUGGAGCAGAAAAUAGCAGCCCGUGUAGGCCGUCUUCAGGCAGAGCUGGAGAGGAAGAGCUCCGAGCUGGAGCGGGCCAAACAGGAGAGCGAGCGGCUGAGCCAGGAGAAACAAGACCUGGAGGACAAGGCCUCCGAGCUCUCUCGGCAGGUGGACGUCUCUGUGGAAAUGCUAGCUAACCUCAAACAGGAUCUGGUGAACAAGGAGGCGGAGCUCAACCACAAACAACAGGAGGUCGCCCAGAUCGACCAGUUCCUUCAGGAGACAGCGGCACGGGAAGCCAAUGCCAAGGUGCGUCUGCAGCAGUUCAUUGAGGAGCUGCUGGACCGGGCCGACCGCGCAGAAAAACAGCUGCAGAUCAUCAGCAGCUGUGGCACCACACCGAACGGCAGCCUGGGACGCUGCAGCCUCCAAGCCUCAAAGGGCAAUGGCCGCCAGAGAAACUCCAGCCUCUCUGGGAGCACAAGAGGCAUGUACCAGGUGUCAGAGCGACGUUCCUCCCCCAGCACAGGAGCAUCAGGGCGGAUCAAGUCCAUCUCACAGGGUUCCGGAGGUUAUGACAGUGACAGCGUCGAAAUGCAUCCCAUGGAGGACUGUCCUGAGGCUCAGUACUAUCACAUGCAGUGCCGGCUGGGUGAGGGGGGUUAUGAGCGCUCCCCUGGAUGUGGCGGUGGUGGCUCAAGAAACUGGGGUCUCCGUAAACAGGCUAUCCAAAACUGGCAGCGACGACCGUACAGGAAUAGCACUGAAGGCGAGGAGGGAGAUGUGUCAGACGUGGGCUCACGGACCACCGAGUCUGAAGUGGAGAUGUGGGAACAAGAGAGGAGAGCUGUGGCUGAAGUCCAGCAGUCUGCUGCACCCUAUCCUCACCACAGCAGGGCAGGAUACCGCCCUAACACAGGACGGUCGGAAGGGGUCUACAGCAAGCCGUGCCGUCAUGAAAAGAGCCCGUCCAAAUCCAACGAGGUGAUCAGUCCAGAGAUCCUGAAGAUGCGUGCGGCUCUCUUCUGCAUCUUCACCUACCUGGAUACUAAAACCCUGCUGAGAGCUGCUGAGGUCUGCCGGGACUGGAAGUUUGUGGCUCGUCACCCAGCUGUGUGGACCAGAGUGCUCCUGGAGAACGCGCGCAUUUCUUCCAAGUUCCUGAGCACAUUGUCUCAGUGGUGCACUCAGACGCACUCCCUCAUCCUGCAAAACCUCAAACCGCGACAGCGAGGCAAGAAGGAAACCAAGGAGGACUACCUUAAAAGCACACGUGGCUGUCUGGAGGAGGGUCUGGAGGCGUUGUUGAAGGCCACAGGAAGCAACCUGCUGAUACUGAAGAUUUCACACUGCCCCAACCUGCUGACUGAUCGCUCCCUCUGGCUGGCCAGCUGCUACUGCCGAGCUCUGCAGGCUGUUACCUACAGGAGUGCCACAGACCCAGUUGGCCAGGAAGUGAUCUGGGCCCUCGGAGCAGGUUGUAGAGACAUCAUCUCCCUACAGGUGGCGCCACUACACCCAUGCCAACAGCCUGCCCGUUUCAGUAACCGAUGUCUGCAGACUAUUGGAAGAUGUUGGCCACACCUCCGUGCUCUCGGUGUGGGAGGGGCUGGAUGUGGCAUUCAGGGUUUGGCCUCACUGGCGAGGAACUGCAUGCGUCUGCAGGUGCUGGAACUGGACCAUGUGAGUGAAAUCAACCAGGAGGUGGCGGCAGAGGUUUGCAGGGAGGGCCUGAAAGGUCUGGAGAUGCUGGUGCUCACCUCCACACCAGUCACCCCGAAGGCCCUGCUCCACUUCAACAGUGUUUGCCGCAACCUGAAGUCCAUCGUGGUUCAGAUUGGUAUAGAAGACUACUUUGAGGACCCCAACAGUCCUGAAGCUAGAAAACUGUUUGAUGAGAUGGUUAACAAGCUGCAGGCUCUUAAGAAGAGACCUGGCUUCUCCAAAAUCCUCCAUGUGAAAGCAGACAGCCUCUGCUAACGUCUUUUGUGCAGAUUCUUCAAUUCUUGGAGAGGCGCCAUCUUGGCUCCAGUCAAUUAAGAAGACCCAGCUGUUUUGAGUCCACUCUAUGGGGUUGAAUGUGUCUGCAGCACCGACAGAAACAACAGACGUUCGCCAUGAUGAACCAGGACCGAGGCUCAAUGUGCAUACUCUACAAGUACAAACUUAAAACAGAAAAACUCAUUUACUAUUCCAGUAGGGGGAAUCAGUAUUUCCUUAAUGUUGGUUAUGGCAGAAAGCCAGUCAGAAGGUUUAUUUGGACUAAUAAUGGCACUAUUUAUGAGAUUAAGGGCCUGUUUUAAUCUUUACAAACUCAAAUAACCCAACAAAACUGUAAGAUCUCUCUUUCUCAGUCGUGUUCUGCUUUCACCCUAAAAAUGGAUCAUGUCGUCGCACAGAGCCAGACCCCUUUCUUGAAACGCUUGGGGCCAGGUGAGAGCUGUAUUUAACUCACUGCAUCUACAUAAUGCUCAAUGUAAAAACCUGAGACUACCUACAGCUCGUGGGCAGGGGCACAUUAUACAGCAUACUUACUUCCCACAGAGAAGAACAUUAAAUGGUGGCAGGUUUAAGAAAACGAGACGAAAAAUUAAUUUCCUCAAGAGAUCUUGAACUCUCUUCAAGGAGAGAGUCUUGAAACAGGAGCUUUAUGUUUGUGUGUGCACGGAUGAGUGAAAAGCAUAAAUAGAAUAGCCAAGAAUUGAAUAACUGGUUUUCAUCCAGCCUGCCCUGCACUACUGUAUGUUGAAACUGGACAGUGGAAAACGUCCAACACUUACUGCUUCCACCCAGAACAGAAACAUGCUGCACCAGCUCCAGGCAAAGCUGAGGACAGCCUCCCUGUAACACACAGACCCUGACACUCUUAUAGCCACUGCAUGUCAGCGAUGCAUUUUGUCUCUUCUACCAUCCUCUGCUUCCUUGUGUGAACAGGACCAUGUCGCAAACCCGGACUCAGUGUUUUUCAUCGUUGUAGAAUCUCUAGAUCUGUUGUCUGAGAGAACAGGAGGCAGUAUCUGACGUUGCUCUUCCAUAAAACCUGGAAGUUGAUCAAUAAUGCAUUUCUCUCAAAAACUGGUGCCAUUUGGAACAAUGUCUGUCCUCAUUCCAGCGAGCAUUUUCUCCAAUGUGCCAUUAAAGAGGUGGGAGGAACCAUGUGGGGCAGCUGUUGUGAACGGAUGAGUGCAAGCAGCUCUUACUGGACAUAAGGGUGUUGUGCUUCAUAUGGAACAUAGUCUCCAGGUGUAAACAGUUGUUAUAGUGUAUCACGAAAGUUUCAUACCUUACAAUACUAAACAGUGCCAUUCCUAGUCACAGGGCUUGUCAUGGCUGAGCCCUUGAACAAUCUUUAUUUAGACUCAUCAGCUGAUAUCCUCUGGCUCCCUCUGCUGGUGUUUUCAGGCAGUUUACACAGCUGACAGCCAGCUGCUGUGAUGUGACACUUGUACCCUUUGCAGCUUGGAACAAGUAUCAACUUUGCCAUUUUGGAGAUCUCAGCACCAAGAGGUCAAGUCCUCCAGUGUCGCCUUCAAAUUGGCACAGUUCUCGGUUACAGUUUAGUUUAGUGUACUUCAAAGAAAUUCUCAAGAAGUAUGAGUAGCAAUACUUACAGUGUUGACACUGAGCGUACACUCGUCUAAGAUCAUUUAAAGGGGCACUCCAGCAAUUUUACACACCAACAUCCCUUUACAAGUUGUUAGGGGUACCACUCAGCCCAUGAAGACAGUUGUAUCGUUCCUUCUGCUCUUCUGGAGUGAGCUUUUUCAAGUCUGAGAAAUUAACCCUGAUGAUGUAAUAUGGGUUAUCUAAGCUUGGAGAUUAUAAAUUUACACAAAAAAAACCUACACUAUAAACGGCGUGUGUGGAGUUUGAAAGAUGUUAGCGUUUACAAGGCAGGGAGGGUCAAAUAAAAAAAGAUAUUAAGUGAAGGAUACGAUCCAGCAUUUUUGGAGCGGGACCAUACUAUGGACCAAAAGUCAGGAUUUCUCUUCUUCUGCUGCAUUGAUUUUUAAAUCUAUCUAUCAAGCAAGUCCCCCGACUUUAUGAAAGUGCAAUACUAAAUCGCUGGAGUACUCCAUUAAACAGAGCUCCUGUAGACGCUUACAAUCACUUUGAUUUCAAGAAAUCGAGCACACAGUUUUGAAACAGGUUUGAAAACGAGUCACACAUCAGGGACAGCGUCACGUCUCUGACCUUGCGACACAUUAAUGCAGGUCGCUUAAUGAGUAGUUCAUUUUACCAUUUGUCUAUACAGCAGAUCUUGUCAUUCCUGGGUGGAGUGUGCAACAGAGUGAGGUGACAGUUUUCAGGAACACUGAGCAGGGGAUCGUUAUGUGGGCUCUUUAAAACUCAGAACCUUAACUGAUGAGAAGAGCUUUCAGCCGUUUUUUGUCUCUGCUUCAUAGUCAACAAUGUUCAUGCGGAGUCGUGUAGCUGCAUUUUGUAGUAAUGAUGUUCGAGGUGAAUAUGUGAGAACAGUUGUGGACGUCCAUUUCGUCAUGUUCUUCCAGUACGGCAUAUUAUUAUCCUGCACCGGCUCUGAGAAUCUGCUCGGUUUCAUUGAGGGGAAAAGGUUUGCGGGAAAGGUGUAAAAACUUUGCUGACACAAUAGAGAAAACACAAAAAGCACUUGUUGAUUUUGAGUUUUAGACAAUCCUGCCUUCGCUAUCAGCUACUCUGUACAUAAUGUUUGUAAAAAAUUAACAAAAAAAAAACCAUCAACAAAAACAAGAAAAAAAAGGACCAACAUGUGAUGUGAUAUAAUAUUAAGGUCAUAAAUAUGAGUGGAAACAGUUGAAGUUUACAGGUCUUCAUUCUGUAAGCAUUUUCUCUCCAAAGUUGAAUGAAAGAUAAACAUAGAGAAUUAUAUUAUGUAUAACAGUAGUGUUGAAAUUGCAGUUGUGUAUUAGAUACUUUAUAUUAAAUGUGCAUCAGAGUCAUAUAAAGAUGGAUAUUAUUUAAGAAGAGGAUAAAGAUGAUAAUUCAGCUAUUUAUUUCUAUAGAAAAAGACCGAUGUGUAUAAUGUUGGCAUGUUUGUGUUCGAGCAUCAGUCAUUAAGUUGCCUUCUUAACUGUCCUGCUACCGUGGCAAGAAAAUUAUUAGAUGUUUAAAGAGCUUUGAUUGCCUGCCGGUUAAUAGCAUUUCUCUUUAUUUGAUCCAGUCUGUUGUUGCACUAGUGAGAAAAAAAAAAAAAGAUGUUUCAGAUGUUUAUUAUCAGAGUGUUGUUUUUAAUGUUCAGCUAUUUCUCAGUAUUUGACAAAAUAUGAUGCACUUUUUUUCCUGAACACUUUUAUCGGCCCGUUGGUCAUGGGGCCUAGUCGGAAACGAAGCUGGUUUCUGUGAGCAGGAUGCCUGGUGGCGUCUUCUGGUGUAGUACGCAAGACGAACUGUUCACUCACACGUUCGGGGUCACGGGAGGAAGAAGUUUGGAAACGCAGCGAUAACAUAUGAACUUCUGUGAGUGAACGGACGUACAGUCGGCCUCUUUUCUCUUACACCAUCUCUCAAUGUCUCAUUGGUUGGGAAGUUACAAAGAUUGAACCUGAUUCAACUACAUGCAAGUGCUUUUUAUGUUCAUAGCCCACAUGACCUUAUUCUCACCUUUGUAUUUGUCACUGUCUUUGUUUUGUUUUUGCAUUAUGCUGUAGAUUUCAUGCUCAUACUAACAGUACAUUUGCUCUCGUGUGAAAAUGGACCUGCUGAGGAUGUUACAGAGCCUGUGCGCUCUGAAACAGCAGAUUAGAGGUGCCAAGUACGCCAGAAUAACUUGUUUCGGCUUACGUCUCCAUUCUCUGCCUCUCCAAAUGUCAGCCUGACUAAUUUCUAAUUUAUUUUAUUAAUUCAGAGUCUGGAGCAUCACCUAUGAACCAAGGUACUUCCUCAUUCACGUAUUAUUAUUUAAUUAUUUAAAUCGAGAUCUAAUCUUCUUUUGUUGCAGUGACACCGAUUCAUUAUACUGUGCAAUUGAAAGACAGUGUCUGAGUGUUGAUGUACCUCUCUGUACAUAUUUUAUGUAUGAAUGAUUGUACUCAUGCCCGUUCAUCUGAAUAGUAUUUUACACAUUACCUCAACACUUAUCUGGGCAAUUAAGUGUGCAGUUUGUCUUUGUAAUUUUUCAUUUUUGACAACCAUCAAAAGGUAUGCCAAUUUAUCCAUGAACUCCAUCCUGGUUGCUACAAAGACAGAAUGGAUUCUGUUGCUGAAAAAUACUUUCUCAAAAGAUGAUCAGCCUUCUACCAUGACUGCAAUAGAUGGAAAUGUUUUACUACUCAUUUUCUCUCAUUUGUUGUCAUCAAUAAAACUGCUUUAAAUUGUA